AUGUUGUUACUAAUUAAUGUCAUUUUCACCUUGUGGGUUUCCUAUGCUAAUGGACAAGUGAAAUCUUGUGAUUUUCCAGACAUUAAACAUGGAGGUCUAUGUUAUGAAAGUAUGUGUAGACCAUACUUUCCAGUAGCUGUAGAAAAAUCUUACUCCUAUUACUGUGAUGAAUCUUUUGAGACUCCUUCAGGAAGUUACUAGGAUUACAUUUAUUGCACACAAGAUGGAUGGUCGCCAGCAGUACCAUGUCUCAGAAAACGUUAUUUUCCUUAUUUGGAAAAUGGACAUGAUGAAAAUUACGGAAGAAAGUUUGUACAGGGUAACUCUAUAGAAGUUGUCUUCCUUCCUGGCUAUGGUCUUCCAAAUGAUCAGACCACAGUUACGUGUAUGGAGAAUGGCUGGUCUCCUCCUUGCAGAUGCAUCCGUGUGAAAACAUGUUCCAAAUCAAGUAUCGAUAUUGAGAAUGGGUUUAUUUCUGAAUCUCAGUAUAUAUAUGACUUACAUAAACAAGCAAAAUAUCAAUGCAAACUAGGAUAUAUAACAGCAGAUGGUGAAACAUCAGGAUCAAUUACAUGUCAGAAAAAUGGAUGGUCAGCUCAACCCACAUGCCUGAGACCUUUAUAA